GGCUGUUCUUAUCUUAUUAUUUAUUCAGCACACUCAGAUUUACUGCUGACUGACUGCUCAGAUGUCUUCAGAGACGAAGAAAGAGAGAGACAUACUGAGAGCUGCUCAAAGACACAGGCAGGCAGAGAGUUAAGGCAGUCAAAGCAGAGCUGAUUCAAAUACGACACAUCAUUGACUCGAGGUCCUGUUUGUCCCUGUGACAGUGACUCUGCAGGAGCACAGCUGACCAUAUUAUCCACUGCCCCUGCCUCUCUAAGACCAUGGAGGAGGAAACCAAGGUGACAGAGACCACUCCGACCCCACCACCUCUCCUGGAACGCCAGGUUCGCCGGCGUCAGCCCACAGUUUCUGUCCUCAAAUCCAAGCUGAAGCAGGGUGUGACCUGCUCUGUGCCCAGAGUCCGAUCCACCCUGACUGGGAUCUUCCCUGUGGUGCGCUGGCUGCCUAAAUACAAGCUCAAAGACUAUGUCUGGGGCGAUGUGAUGUCGGGCAUGAUUGUUGGUAUCAUCUUGGUACCACAGGCUAUUGCUUACUGCUUGUUGGCAGGAGUGGAGCCCAUCUAUGGUUUAUACACUUCAUUUUAUGCCAACAUCAUCUACUUCCUCAUGGGGACGUCCAGACAUGUCUCUGUGGGGAUCUUCAGCCUCAUGAGCCUCAUGGUCGGACAGGUGGUGGAUAGGGAAUUGUUCCUGGCAGGUUUUGAUCUCAAUGAGGACUCCACAGAAUCUGGCCUUGAUGUGUUUAAUGCCACACUGGGCACUAACCUCACAGGUGGUAAACUACAGGGCGUGGAGCUAAUGGGUCUACAUUGCAGGAAGGAGUGUUACGCCAUCAGCAUCGCUACUGCCCUUACAUUCUUGGCUGGCAUCUAUCAGGUCAUGAUGGCUGUGUUUCGGCUAGGCUUUGUUUCUGUAUACCUUUCAAGUCCUAUGCUGGAUGGUUUUGCCACUGGAGCCUCUUUCACCAUCCUGACCGUGCAGGCUAAAUACCUGUUGGGUCUAAAGAUUCCCCGUCACCAUGGCUAUGGCACAGUUGUCGUCACCUGGAUUAACAUCUUCGCCAACAUUCAUAAGACCAACUUUUGUGACCUGAUCACUAGUGCCAUCUGUAUCUCUGUAUUAGUGGCAGGGAAAGAGAUCCAGGAGCACUACAAGAAUCGUCUGAAGAUCCCUCUGCCAACUGAGCUGAUAGUCGUGGUGGGAGCUACACUGGCCAGCCAUUUUGGGGAGCUGAACGCCCGUUACAGCUCCAGUGUUUCUGGUCACAUCCCCACAGGAUUCAUUCCCCCCCAGGUGCCCAGCUUUGGUCUGAUGCCACGGGUGGCACUAGAUGCCAUUCCUCUGGCAAUUAUUAGUUUUGCCUUCACGGUGUCCCUGUCUGAGAUGUUUGCAAAGAAAAAUGGCUACACGGUUCGUCCUAACCAGGAGAUGCUGGCAAUUGGUUUCUGUAACAUCAUCCCCUCCUUCUUCCACUGUUUCACCACCAGUGCAGCACUUGCAAAAACCAUGGUGAAGGACUCAACAGGCUGCCAGACACAGGUAUCAAGUUUGAUCAGCGCCCUGGUUGUUCUUCUCGUCCUCCUCUUCUUUGCUCCUUUCUUCUACAAUCUACAGAAGUGCGUUCUUGCCUCUAUCAUCAUUGUCAGCCUUCGGGGUGCCCUGAGGAAGUUCAAAGACGUCCCAGCUAAGUGGCGUGCCAGCCGGAACGAUGCCAUCGUGUGGCUGGUCACCAUGUCAGCCACAGCUCUAAUCAGUGUAGAGAUGGGUCUCCUGGUGGGAAUAGUUUUUUCUAUGAUCUGCAUCAUCUUUAAGACCCAGAACCCAAAGGUCUCUCUUCUGGGCCGAGUCAAUGAUACUGAUCUUUAUGAGGACAUAGACGAGUACAAGGACCUCAUACCACCACCGCGAGUUCAGGUCUUCCGCUUCCAGGCUCCUCUGUACUACGCCAACAAGGAAUCAUUCCUCAAAUCUCUCUACAAAGCUGUUGGAGUUGAACCGUUCUUGGAGAUGACUAAGAGAAGAAAGGCAGAGAAGAAGGCCAACGAGGUUUACUUGAAACAGGCCCAGGCAAAUGGGGAUAAAAACAAUGGAGAGGUUAAUAUUGGACUUGUCCAAAGAGAUAUAGAUUUCCACACCAUAGUUUUAGAUUGCUCUGCCAUUCCCUUCAUAGACUCCACAGGCAUGGCCACAUUUAAAGGGCUGGUCAAGGAAUAUAAAGAGAUCAGUGUGAGUGUACUCCUGGCCAGCUGUAAUACCUCAGUCAUCGAUACCCUGCAGCAGGGACAAUUCUUUGGGAAAAAUAAUGAAAACAUGACUAUCCUGCUAUUUCAUACAGUUCACGCUGCUGUUCUUCAUGCAAACAGUACAUUUGCAGCAGCAGAAAGCAAGCCAGAAGACGCUGUGGUGUAGGGCAGCUAGAAGAAGAAAGGGACAGAGAAAAUGUGGUGGUUUCUUCCAUUUCUCAUUCUCCUUUCUUUAGUAAACCUAAAAGUGGUAUUUAGGUUUAGGUAUGCUAUGUUAUCAUCGUUGACAAUACUGCAGGUUGUAGCUUUGAGGUUGCCUUUGUCAAAGAAAGCAUUGGAAUGCCAAGAGGGCCCAGAAAACUAUCCUAUUAAGAGUUUUUUUUGUUUGUUUGUUUGUUUUUCCAAGAUUUAAAAUGCAAUGCAAUUUCAGCCCAAAAGCAUGGUCAUUUCAUAAAAAUAAGUAUUUAGUAACCAUUUAGUAGAAAAGCGAGUUAUUUUUUGAACUGGCACCCUAUGACUGAAGAAAAAUAAGGGAAACAAAUGAAAAAUCCUACGACAAUCAGAAUACAUAAUAAUAUCUUAAACCUAAUUUUUGUGCAAAUACACUGAUAUUUCAAUAUCAGUUUUUCUCUAUAACUAGCAAGAAAACAAUAUGGUGGACAGUUUUCUUUCUGGUAAACAAAAAUAUCCUAGCUGGGCUUCUUUUGUGAUCUCUGACUGCAUUCAUGCAUUACUGGUGCUGGGAAGGGGUACCUGCAGAUGCUGGCACACCACCAGUUUCUUGCUCGGAACCAAGCUAAUAGGACAGCAACAGAGGCUGCCCCUUGACACUAAGAUGGUUUCA